AUGGGACGCAAGCCGAACGCGUUGAUCCUCGAGUUUUUCGAGAGAGGCGCCAAACUGGCCGACCAGAGCAACAGAUACGAACACAGCUGCAAAAGAUGCGGUCAAGUCUUCCCCAAAGGUAGACCCGACAGUCUGACACGCCACUUGUUCGAGAAAUGCCCAAACAUCACCGACGAGGACCGCUCACGCGCUCUAUGGCAGCCUGCCGACAAUUACAUGGCCUCAAACAACUCGACUCCUCAGUCCGAGGGACACGUUCCUCUGAUGCCACGCCGCGAACCCUCGGGUCUGGACGCGCUCGCCGAAGUCUCCCGCCAACUGCAGGCUAAUGGGCAGCACGAAGAGGCUCUGGUAGCCCAGCUGCGACAGCACAUGGAUCAAGAGAACAAGGACAACGGCCCCUUGUUACACGCUGCCAGUGUAGCCAACGACAUGGCUCACCACAUUCCCAUGAAAUCGAGAAAGCGCAGAGCCGAAUCAGACGUCGCUCCACCGCAGCGUCAACCCCCACACCCACCAGUUGAUCCCCAACUCCAGCAGCAUGACGACUACUCAUCUUUCGUCAACCACUCUCUCGACGACACUUCUGCUCACCAGUCGCCCCAGCCUCAGUCCCAGCAACCUCAACAGCCUCAGCAGUCGCAACAGCCACAGCAGCACCAGCAAUCACACCAACUCCCGCAGCAGUCUGCCCAGCAAGCACCACACUACCUAGGCCAACCACAGACACACCAGCUAGCACAGUCUGCUGACGAGAAUUCGCAUGUCUCCCGACCAUCCUCACAGACACCUCCACAACGAACACAGGAUGGCAUUCCGCCAAGCCACGCUGAGUCGCCAGCCUUUACUGUCAACCAUGGUGGCUUUGGUCUGCUCCAACGCGCCAACAAGAACAAAGUGCGGGGCAGAUUCACCGAGGAGAGACGCAAGGAGGUCCAGACUGUGCGUAAGAAGGGCGCCUGUCUCCGCUGCCGCAUGUUGAAGAAGCCCUGCUCCGAGGGAACUCCUUGUGGCACCUGCCAGAACAUUGAGAGCGCAAGACUUUGGAAGAACGCGUGUAUUCGCUCUCGCAUCGCCGAAGAAUUCACCCUUUAUUCGUCUUCGCUCUUCCAUGCCAAAGAUCACCACACCGUCCUUACUGCCCUGCAGCGUGUCGAGCCUAUGCAAUUGCCUGGCAGAAUCGAGGUCACUCUUUUCCCUGACACAAACAUCUACGCCACCUUCCCUGCUCUCAUGACGCCGCCUACAGCUCCCUCGCUCGUCUUCAUGCUCAAUUACAGACGUGACCCUGACACGUUAGCCGCUACCUUAGAGCGCUAUCUGCACAUGGUCAUCAUGCAAUGCAUCUCACGCGAGCCUUCGACUUUCAUGCGCUCCACCCUCGAGGUGGCUACUGAGCUCAGUGUUGAUCACAACGAUGUUCUUCUGGGGAAGCUUAUUAACCUCUGGGCUGCUACCAACAUUCUGAUCUCAAACGAGCCCAUCUGGUCUAUCUACUACGAACCCAACCAUCCUCCGGUCAUGGAAGCUGUUCACGGCGAGCAUGCCGAGGAAGGUGCGUCCGCUACUCGAGAGAAGGAUCACUCGGAUCGCAAGGCUUUCCCACCAGACACUACCGACUAUCUUGUUAUCUAUGCACAGCUGCAGCACGCCGCCGAGAGGUACUGUCAGAAGCAGGCCAAGUUCGUCAUGAACGAGCUUGAACGCCGUCUCUUGCAACGUCAACAGUCUUCCUCGUUCCUUACCUUCCUUGCCGCCGUGAUUUUACUCAACUGCGUCGAGCGCAUGACAGGCCUAUACAGGUCGUUCGACCCUGCUGGCCCUUCUUCGAACGAUGACAUCCACGCCCAGCUCACCACGGCUAACGACAACAACGAGGAAUCCUCUCAUCAGCCCGUCGCCUCUCCAGGCGAACUUUCAGACCGUCCAGUAGACUGGCUCUUGGAAGAAGCACCCAACCACUAUUGGCCCCAGGGCGAUUCCUUCAGCAACCUCGUCCAUCUGCUCCUCCGCAUGCGUGGUCUGCCCCCAGCCACUUUGGUCCGC